UCCUGACUCCUGCCCCACAUUUCAGCGCGAGGCACAGAAACAGUAGGCUAUGUAAGAUCACAGGGCAAAGUCUCGAGAAUAUGCACGGGUGUUCGUUCAAUGCAGUAACUUGCAUCAAGGUUACCUCUACGCUUCCUAUGGAAACUCCACGAUUGUAGGAUACACUGCAGAAACGUGAUUACACUAAACUGCUUCGUGCUUUCCAGACUUCCUUCUGAAUUUAUCUCCGGACUCUCCGGUUUUUGUUCCUCUAAACUGUAACCACUCCUCUUUUUCCAUUCCUAAAGCUAAUAACCAUCGUCACGAAUUCUCACAUUCAUAACUAAGUUGUUUGUUGGUGCUGAGGAACUCGUAGAAUUAGAAUGGAAAUGCCGGAGAAAAUGCUUAGUUUGCUAGUGUUUGCUAUGGUUUUUGUCUUCGGUGUGAGUGCUAAAGCUAUGUCACCUGGACCCGGUAAACCGGUAAACAACAGGCCAAUUAUCGGGAUUUUGGCGCAGCAAGUUGUGGAUAAGGCCAUGGACCGAUUUGGAAAGACUUAUAUCCCUGCCUCCUAUGUGAAGGAAAUGGAAUCAGGGGGAAGCCGAGUGAUGCCCAUAAGGUUGAAUCAGACCUUACCCGAAUAUGAGAAGAUCUUCAAAACAAUUAAUGGCAUGCUGUUCAUCGGGGGAGCGGUGAACCUGAAGACCUCAGACUACGCCCGAGCUGCCAAGGCCUUCUACCGGCUGGCCGUGGAGGCCAAUGAUGCAGGAGAAUACUUCCCCAUAUGGGGCACCUGCAUGGGGUUUCAGCUCCUGACCGUGCUGGUCGCAAGGGAGAAUCUGCUGAGCAACACUACAGCGGAGAACGUGGCCCUGCCCCUCAACCUGACAGCUGAAGCUCCGUCCAGUCGCAUGUUCCAGGGCUUUUCUGACGAGCUGCUGAAGGCUUUGUCCCACGAAAAUAUAACAGGAAAUUUUCAUCACUAUGGGAUCACUGAGAAGGCUUUCAGAGGAAAUGAGAGACUACAGCAGUUCUUUUCCAUCCUAUCCACAAACAUUGCAGAAAAUGGUGCUGAGUUUGUUUCAACUAUGGAAGGAAGGAAAUACCCGUUCUACGGGGUACAGUGGCACCCCGAAGUAAACCGGUUUCAGUGGAACCCCAAGAAGAACUACCCCCACUCUCAGAAUGCUGCGAGCGUGUCAUCCUCGCUUGCUACAUUUUUCGUCAACGAAGCCCGGAAGAGUUUCCACCACUUCCGUGACCCCGAGGAAGAGAGGGCAGCCCUCAUAUACAAUUACGCCCCUGUCUACGUGGGCAAUAUCUCCGGGUACGAACAGUCUUACUUCUUCUGAGGCGCUGAGGUUGCGCUCUCAUCCGUGUUCCUCCAGAACUGCUUCUCUUUCCCCCCCCGUGAGAGGACACUUAACAGCCGCACAAAGGUGUUCCGGACACUUCCAUGAAUCAACCCAGAGGAGGAGGUUGACAGACCCACCAGACGCAGCCAGGCGUGUGCAGGGGUAGGGCCCAUAUGUGGCUUGAGCCCCUUCCCCUUUGCCUUGUCAUCCUAAAGUAUCCACCCCCUGACCCCCGCCAAGAUUGCAGUUUACCCCCAAAAGAGUCCGCGGACACAAUUAAAAGUAUCUUGGUGAUAGCCAUUCAGCAACAGCCUUCUCCUUAUACACAUUUACACAUAUUCACAUUUGAGGAUGCGGUUUUACAAGGUAGGGGCCAAAUGACUUUUUUUCCCUCCAAUUAAUAAAAUGUUUUGAACCCCA